AUGCCGCCGCCUCGAGAGCCGUUCCUCGACGGCGUCGAACGUUACGACCCGAUGUCUCCCACUAAGCCUUUCGACCCCAAGGCUGUCACCAGGGCGAGCUUCGAGCCAAAACCCAAGAAACCAAAGCCAAAGGGACCACUGGUUUCAUUCAACCGCCAUCCUGAUGCCCACGUUCCUCUGAGCUACAGGUCGUCGAAUUAUAAACCGAUGAGCCGACGAACGAAACAAUGGAUUGUGUGGAUGCGCAGGGUUCAGCUAUGCCUCCGGCUUCUGGCCCUCGUUGCUAACCUAGGAAUCUUGGCCAUGAUGAUCCUCAUCUCUGGGAUCGACAACAAGACCUCGUGGGUUCUGCGGAUCAUGUCUGGACUGGGGGCCCUCCAUUGUCUUUAUGCCGUUUACCACCUCGCCCGUCCCGCCGGCGGCCGUACUCCGUCGUCCUCCGCCGCCUACCAGCUCUUUGCGGCCUUGUCUGAUCUCUGCGUCGUGCCGGUUUAUGCUUUUGGCGCCAAGGUUGUUAACGAUAAAUCCCCCGAGUGGUCCACCAUCCUGGCCGACAAGGACCUUGUGGAGACAUUCUCCCUCGUCUUGUACUAUCUCCUCUUGUCGUCCGGAGGCUUGCACACCUUGUCUCUCUGCAUAUCCAUCUGGCUCGGCGUUAUGUUUAGGAAGAUUACUCUCAUGCCCCCGGAUAUGAACCCUCUAGAGGAGCACCUCACGGCUCGUUCGCGACACAAGAAAGCCAAGUCUUCGGUUUCCACGGUCUACACGGACUACUCAUCGGAGAAGCGACUGUCUACGCCGUCGGAAAGCCGUGGUCCGACCGUCCCAUUCCACCAUACGCGGGCUGGGUCAUCUGUGACGUUUGGCAGUAGGGAUUCUCGCCUUGACCUGCCAAGCCGUCACUAUCAGAUAACACCUGGAACAUCAACGCCAAGGCAUUCGACUUGUUCGAUAGAUGUUAAGCGCGCAUCCUUGCCGGCAUCCCGUUCUUCGAACCGAGGAUCAUAUGUCGGAGUGCCCGUCGACGAGCCGCAUUUCGAAAAUUCCUACGAUAACGACUCGCCCCGAUCGAGCAAGCAGCCGAGAACGGGCAAGUUUACGGAGACAUGGCAUGCUACCGACUCGCUUAUUUCUCGUACCCAGCAGCGCAACCGAGCCCUGGCCGCCCAAGAACGAGACAGAGCAAGCAAGUCUUACGAGAUCCUCAACCAACCAUACACCUAUGAUGACUCGGGCGAUGAGGCUGAGAGGGACGAGAACAUCCUCACGGGUAGUGACUGCGAGGAUAGUAGAGGAGCGUAUGACCAGCACCCUAACCCUCUUCGUCUUAACCCUGCGACACCGCCGAGGCCAAAGACACCCUACUAUGCCUUCCCGUCCAAUGUCCUGUCCGAGACAAGCCUCAAUAAGCGCACCGUGAGUGGUAGCAUGGAUAUCACCGACGAGAGACCCGUAGGGGCGCCGACCACGCGAAAUUCCGGGUACAGGAAUAGCUCCAUCCAGCCAGAGAGCGCCUUUUACUCGAAGCCCUAUGGAGAGCUCAAGCCCGCGACCCCACCGAUCAUGGUGGGAAGCAAUCGCCAGGUCUCGUCCGGUAACGAUUAUGACUCGCAGGCGGCUUCCCGGUUCGGUCGACGGAAUGUCAGUGGUAAGGUUGCCGAAGAGGGAAGGGCUGGACGUGCCUACGAGAGGCUGUCUAGGUAUGGUGAUUGA